UUGACCUCCAUACAAAAAUGCCCAGUUAGCGAAAAAACGCCACCUGCUGGGAGUAGACAGUUUUCGGGACCAGUUAUGCCGCUCGCUUCGCCUCUUCCUCUCUGCCUACAUUUGAAGGCCCCCUACUAGCACAACGUUAUUGUUAUUUCAACUGCAGACAGUCUCUUUGCGAGUGAUUUGAAAUGCCGUUGCUCCAUCACAAAUGUCUUUAUGUUUUAGUUGUUUAUAGUAACAUUGCUCAUGUAGUUGUAUUUUAAUCUAUUCAAACCCUGCAAUAUAUAUUUGGUGACAAACUACACACCUGGACAUAAUUUGUGGCAAAAAAACCUAUGCAGUAACGGAAAUUUUAAAAUACUUUUCGCUGCAUAAUAAGGCCUCAUCGAUCCUCGGCCUUUCGUACGGAUUUUAACCGAUUUCGAAUGCUUGGCCGGCGGCCUCUGCAGCAACCAGACAAUUCAAAUCCCGGUUCCUGACCAUGGCCUGUACAGUGUGACAGGCACCUAGUCCCAGUGAAGUGAGACAACCGUUAACCUGUUACUGGCACUGCCCUGUGCUGCUUCAGUACCCUCACCUUUUUAACUAUAUAUAUUAAGCACUCAAUGCAACCCUAACGUAUUUCCAAUUUAGACUAUCACGUGUAGUGCUGUCCCAUUCUCAGUAGAUUUAGGGCUAACUGUCAGUCAGACACAGAGCAGUGCUAGUUCCCAUACACUCCCAGUAUGGCGUCGGUUCCAGUAUACUGCCUGUGUCGCCUACCCUAUGAUGUCACACGCUUCAUGAUCGAGUGUGACAUCUGUCAAGACUGGUUCCAUGGAAGUUGUGUUGGAGUGGAGGAAGACAAAGCAGCAGAGAUUGACCUGUACCACUGCCCCAACUGUCAGGUCACCCAUGGGCCCUCUGUCAGUUCUGCAGUGAGAAAGCGGCGUGGAGGAACCAAGCAGGCUGAUGCUGCAGCCACUGGAGGAAGAGACACUUCUGGUCAACCGGUAAAGACUGGCACUCCACAGUUUGUCAGUGAGCUACGUAGCCGCACCUUCCCAAGUGCUGACGAGGUGCUGUUGAAGCCGUCGGGGGCCCAGCUGACUGUGGAGUUCCUGGAGGAGCGUUCCUUCAGUGUUCCCGUGAUGGUCCUCAGGAGGGACGGCUUGGGCAUGAGCCUUCCCCCGGGGAACUUCGGAGUCAAUGACGUAGAGCACUAUAUUGGUCCAGACAGGGUGAUUGAUGUGAUUGACGUGUCUCGCCAAGCUGACCUGAAGAUGUGUCUAGGGGACUUUGUGGAGUACUACAACAGCCCCAACAGAGACCGAGUCCUCAAUGUCAUCAGCCUGGAGUUCUCUGAGACCAGGCUGUCCAAUCUGGUGGAGACUCCAAAGAUAGUGAGGAAGCUAUCGUGGGUAGAGAACCUGUGGCCUGAGGAGUCAGUGUUUGAGCGGCCCAACGUCCAGAAGUACUGCCUCAUGGGGGUCAAGGACAGCUACACAGACUUCCACAUCGACUUCGGAGGCACCUCUGUCUGGUACCAUGUACUACGGGGUGAGAAGAUCUUCUACCUGAUCUCCCCCACGCCGGCCAACCUGGCCCUGUUUGAGCACUGGAGCUCCUCGUCCAAUCAGAAUGAGAUGUUUUUCGGGGACCAGGUGGACAUGUGCUACAAGUGUUCCGUCAAACAAGGAAACACGCUCUUCAUCCCAACAGGAUGGAUCCACGCUGUGCUGACUCCUGUGGACUGUGUGGCCUUCGGAGGGAAUUUCCUACACAGCCUCAACAUUGACAUGCAGCUCCGAGCAUAUGAAAUAGAGAAGAGGUUGAGUACAGCAGACCUGUUCAGGUUUCCAAACUUUGAGACAGUGUGUUGGUAUGUUGGCAAGCACCUGCUAGACACAUUCAGAGGUCUGCGAGAGAACCGCAGACACCCUGCUUCCUACCUGGUCCACGGAGCCAAGGCCCUCAACAAUGCUUUCCGCAUGUGGACACGCAAAGAGUCGCUGACUGACCACGAGGUGGAGAUUCCAGAGACCAUCGAGACUCAGCGUCUAGUGAAGGACCUGGCCAAGGAGAUACGACUGGUUGAGGACAUCUUCCAGCAAGGCCGUCCUGCGGCUCCUUUCACCUCUACACAGGGCUUCCCCACCCCCCUCCCCAAAGCCUCCCCUCUAGCUGUCUCCCAGAGUCCAAGCCGCCCCCCAGGGAGGAAGAGAGGCCCCAAACCCAAGGAUAUGUCCCCCAGCCCCAAGAAGAAGGGUCAAAAGGGCUUAAUGAAAGAGGCAGGCGAGUUGGACCUCCUGGAGAUCCACACCAAACACACACUGAAGAAAUUCCAAUGUGGUAACAAGAAAAACAAGAAGAAGUUAGAGCUGCCUCAGGAGUUUGCAGGGAAAAUGAGCAAGAGCAAACUGAAACUGGUGCUGACCAACGGCAAAAUACAGGGGAAGAAGGGAGGUCGUUCAGGCAUAAGUAACAGUGCGGGCCGUGCCUCUCAAUUCCAGCACCAUGCUAUGGGAGGGUCUAACUUGUCAGAUUUUGAGUCCGAGGACGAACUGCAGAUUGAUGAAACUCCCCCUCCACGACGCAAGGCUGGAGGAUCUAGCAAGAAGAAACUCAGUGGUCUCCCCCGGAAGCUACCAAGGGCCAAGCCUUGCUCUGACCCCCAUCGCAUCAGGGAACCCGGAGAGGUUGACUUCGACAUUGAAGAGGACUACACUACAGAUGAGGAGGAGACCAUGACUGUCCAUGGAGUGAAGGGUGGAGCCGGGGGCAUCCUGGACCUGCUGAAAGCCAGCAAACAGGUGGCAGGGCUGGACUGUGCUCUCAGUGAGGAAGCGCCAGCCUCUCCCAGCACACGAGAAGCCAUUCAGGGCAUGCUCUCCAUGGCCAACCCUCCUUCCUCUUCCUCCUCUUCUUUGUCAUCCUCCUCUUCCUCCCCUCUCUCUGUCUCUGGAGGGCUGUCUGAGGGACUGGGAUUAGUCAAAGAGAAAGGAGGGAGAGCCGUGUGGGUGACCGGAGACAAUAAGAGCAGAACAGGAAGUGCCUCUAAAGAGAAGACAACGUUCCAGCGCCCCGGGAAGCGGCCUGUCAAGCGGCCGGUCCGUCACCUUAGUGAUGAGGAGAGCACAGAUGAGCAGGAGACUCUUGGCACCUGUUUUAAAGACGCAGAGUAUGUCUAUCCGUCCUUAGAGUCUGAUGAGGAGGACCAGGUCAAGAGGAAGAGGAACUGGGGCGACACUCCUUGGAGCCCCAAAGCCCGGGUGACCCCCACCCUGCCCAAACAGGAGCGCCCAGUAAGGGAUGGGGCCAGAGUGGCGUCUGUAGAGACUGGCCUCGCUGCAGCUGCUGCCAAACUUGCACAACAGGAGAUCCAGAAACCCACCAAGAGGAAAUACACCAAAAAGCCCCGCCCUGUUGCCCCACCACAGCCCCCUCGGGCUGAGCCGUCUCCUCCCUCCCCCCCUCCCCCCCCGGAGCCUCCCACCCCUGACUUCAGCCCUGAGCGGAGGAUGGAGUGCUACUCUGCCAGCCUACUGGACCAUGAGUACACGGCAGGCCCUGGCCCGUUCGGUCCUGGAGGCCCCAGAGGGAGUGCUGCUAUGGCUCCUGGGGUGUUCCUCACCUCCAGACGACCCUCCCUCUCCCCCCAGAACAGCAGCACUUACUCCUACCAAGCAGCCUCCCCCGCUGGGCUAGCCAGCCCCGGCAGCGCUGGAGCUGGUGGAGGGAAACGUCCAAAGAAAGGACUUGCAACAGCAAAACAGAGACUAGGAAAGAUUCUGAAAAUACACCGCAAUGGGAAGCUUCUCCUGUGAGAUGCUUUUGGAGAUGUGGAUGGAGAAAGAUUUUUAGGAAUGAUUCUCGGAGGAAAGAUGGAUGCAAUUUUAAAGAGGACUAAAAGGACGUGACUGCUUUAAGACUGUGUGUUUAUUUUGUUGUUCUAUAAUUCAACUUUUGUUCAUCUGGUGUCCUCACCUAAACCGGUCAUCCACUCAUGUUCCACCCUAUACCCCUUCCCAGUCCCAUUUAAUAAUUAAUCAUUGCUUGAAUCUAUAUAGCGCUUUUCUAGCGCUGAAAUAUUCACAUUCUGCUUUGGUACUCUGCUUUCACAUUUGGGAUUAUUCAUACCUUCAUAUGAAUAUAUUGAGAAGCAUCUCAACAUUUAGUUGGUCAUGCACUGCUCAGAUCAAUGGAAAACAUAUGGGGUCAAUUCAUUGAUCUGUCUAAUCAUCAAUCAAACCAUUUAACUUACAUGCAGGAAUCAUGUAUUCGUCAAAUUGGCAAUGAAAAAUGUCUGAAAUCUAUUUUAGUUGAUAAGUUAUAUGACCCAUUCUUCCUUUGACGUGGGUCUCCUUUUAAUGUGCACAAGCGCGCAUGAUUGAAGGCAACGGGGUGAAUGUUUUAAAUGGGAAAUAAUGCAUUUCCUGACAAUUCAGUCAAAUGGGAUUUUGAGUUUGUUUUUAGUUUGGGAUUAUUUAUUUUCAAAUAGCUUUUAUAUUUAUUUUGUGGUAGUAGGAAUGCUUGCCUUUCCAGUUCUGUGUUGUCAUCCAUGUUCUCACCUCACUUUCAACACCUCAAGUUCACGCCAUCUUUUGUAUUUAUUUGACUAAUCUAGGUUAUUCCUUUUAUUCACCACCUGGGUUUUUCUUUUCCCAUGUACAUAGCAACCAAACCUUUUUAAAGGCUCAGUGCAGUCAAAAAUUUAUUUUUUUUUCUGUGUUUUUAUAUAUAUUUUCACACUGAGGUUGGAAUAAUAUUGUGAGAAUUAUGAUUAUUCCCUUUUAGUGUACAAGCUGUUUGAAAAGUCCACCUGGAAUUUCAGCCUGUUUUAGUCGGAUGGAGUAUUGGUCUGCCUGGUGGCUAAAUUAGUUAAUAGACCAAUAAGAAAGAGUUCCAAACCACUGACAAAACAGCUAAUUUUCGGUUUUCCCCUCCCCACUCAGACCACUCCCAGACAGUCCCAGCAAAAUUGUUACUUGAGAAAUUGCUCUUUUGCUAAAAAAAAAAACAACUUUAUUUUUGUACCUUUUCUAAUAAUAAUACAAUAAUACAAAAAAAAAGCACCAUGGGGUAAUUAAUUGUUUCCCAGAAAAUAUUUUAUAUUGAGAUAACAGCAACAUUGGACAUUUUUAAUUAUGUGAAACCUGUCAGAGUUUUCACUUGUGUGUUUGAUUCUAUUCAUUUAACAGAUUGGUACCUAGGUUACAUGUAACUCACAUCUGGAUGAAGUUGUGUUUUUAGAUGUGUUUAUUUUUGAAUUGAUAUCGCCAUCCGGUCCAUUAGUACUGUAAUGACAUGAACAGUCUGGUUCCUAAUCAUUUUCCAAUCCACCAUGGUUUCUAUUCAAGUCUUUAGUAUUAUACACUUGAGCCAGCAGUUGUAGAAUGCAUCCCAAAUGGUUCCCUAUUCUCUAGUGCACAAUUUUUGACCAGGGGCCAUUUGAGUAGCAUACGAUUUCUGGAAUAGGGUGCUGUUUGGGACGGAGACGUAGAAUGUGUUUUAUUUAAAGAACGUGCUACACAUUUAGACAUGCAGAGUUGUAGUUUUAUCUAAGGAUAUUGAAGUCGGGAAGCUAUGGAUUUGAUAAUGAUUCCGAAAUGUACAUAAUUGUUGGAGUUUUGUUUUUAUAUAGUUCAAAGGAAGUAUUUCUUAACAUACCUUGUAUAAAAUAAAUGUCAUUUGGAGAACUGUA